CUUCCCAUGCACUUGUCUCCCUACUCCUCAAGCAUUCCUUCUCUGCUCUCUCUCUCUCUCUCUCUCUCUCUCUCUCUCUCUCUCUCUCUCAGCUCAUACUUUCUCGCUCAUUUGUCUCUCAGGAUUUUUCUCAUUUUUCUCGUUCUAUUAAUAUAAUUGAUUCUAGACGAACUUCAAACUCUAUUACUGUUAUUCCUUCUGAGCUUUGAGUCUUCUGUCAGAACUUCAAACUCACCAAAUACUUGACAAUGUCGAGCAGAAGGUCCUCACGGUCGAGGCAGUCGUCGAGCAGGAACAACAACAGUAUCAGUGAUGAACAGAUCACUGAUCUCGUAACCAAGUUACAGCAGCUUCUUCCCGAGAUUCGCAAUAGGCGUUCCGACAAGGCGUCGGCGUCGAAGGUUUUGGAAGAGACUUGCAAUUAUAUUAGAAACUUACACAGAGAGGUGGAUGACCUAAGUGAGCGCUUAUCAGAGCUUUUGGCCACGACGGACAUGGAUAACGACCAAGCAGCCAUUAUUAGGAGUUUACUUAUGUGAUGAUAUAUGUACGGAGAGCUUCCUAAUUAAUCAUCAGUGUUAAGUACUAGUACUGUUAAAACUCUUUUUGUCGUGAGCCUUUGAUAUAUAAAUCUGGCUAGUUAGCUAGCUAGGGUUUGCUCAUUAGGCCAGAAGAAAGAGAUUUUUUUCGUCUUCUUUCUUUUCCUUUUUUCAUUGACAAGAAUGUGACAUGGAGUAGUCUUCAGUCCAUGUCUAUGCUAUUACUUCCGAGUUUCGACGACGUGUAGUAAGUUUUUAACUUUGGUAAUAAUAAAAGCACUUUUAGACUUCUA